CAAAAUUAGGUCACUGUAUUAUUAAUGGUUCUAGCGAACGCGUUCUUUUCAUGAGAUACUGUUAAGUUUGCCAAAGUGAUUUCAAACUUUUCUUUGGCCAGCCCAACAGUUUAUCCUAUUGUUUUUAUUCAAUUAUGUUUACUUCAAAAAUUUUCAGGUGUACCCUUCGCCAUAUUCUCUCGGUUAGAUGCGGAUUUUUGUGUCAACCGUUUUGCCUUGUGACUGCUGAUUUGAAAAUGUCCAGUGAACAAAAAAAAUUUUUAAGAAGGCAUUCCAGUGCAAAACAUCACUACACCUCCAGCGGUCAACCAAUUAGAACAACUGGAAUAAUUAUAUCGGGAUCACAAACAUAUCAAAACAACCCUAAUACUUGUGGAAGUCAACAAAGAAGACAGGUGCAUGCAUAUGGCUGUGCUAAUGUCUUAAUAGAAGAAUCAGAGACUCAUAAAAUCGAACGUAAUGAAACAAGAAUCAGGCACAGACUUAGUUCCUUACGGAAAUGGGAAUAUACACCACUUGGUAAGGAGCUUCAAGAACAAAAAACCAAACAGCCUCCCCAUUCUCUUAAAUUUACUGUCUUGUCUUACAAUGUGUUGGCACAACACCUCUUGGAAGAGCAUAUUUAUCUCUACAGAAAUGUUGAGACAGAGGCUCUUAAUUGGGAUAAACGUGCUGAAAGAAUACUGAGAGAAGUAACAAACACCUAUGCUGACAUCUUAUGUCUCCAAGAAGUUCAGACAGAUCACUAUGAUACAUUUUAUGUUCCAAAACUCACAGCCAUGGGAUUCAAAGGAGUAUAUAAGAAACGCACCGGGAACAAACGUGACGGUUGUGCCAUAUUUUUCCGUCACUCGAAAUUCGAAUUGAAGAAAAGCAUUCCGGUGGAGUAUUGCAAACCAAAUGUGGAGCUUCUUGACCGUGACAAUAUUGGUUUAAUAGCGCUACUUACCCCACGCGUGUUACAGCCGAAGCAGGUUUUCGAUGAAGACUUGCCUUUCAUUGUAGUGGCUACCACCCAUCUUCUUUACAAUCCAAGGCGGCAUGAUAUCAAGCUUGCACAAUUACAAUUACUCUUCGCAGAAUUAGAUCGAAUCGCCUUCGAUUCACGGAAAGCAAACUCUAAGAAGACUGACUGGGUAUCUUAUCAUCCUACUAUCCUGACCGGAGAUUUUAAUUUGACACCGGAUACCAGCAUCUACCAGUUCAUUACGCAGGGUUCUCUGCUAUACAAAGGCCUGAGUAGACGGCAAUUGACUCUUGACGCUCGAGGGCAUAUGCUUGAAAAUGAACUUAUACCACCACACCUCAACAUCACAGACCAAUGUCAACAUCUCGAUUCUACCGGAGAACGCACCCCUCAUGAAAACUUUACGAGUGUGAAAUCAGAGCGAUCUAAAGCCGGGUGUUCCGUUUUACGCUUCGCAAGUGGUCAACUGUCACAUCAGCUUCAGCUGGAGUCGGCUUAUCCACAUCGGAGAAAUCGUCUUAACGGAGCUAAGGAGGCCACUACUUACCAAAACGAUUGGGUGACAGUUGACUACAUUUUUCAUAACGGUCGUGAGACCGGCAGAUCGAAUCUGCAUCUACUUAGUCGUUUGGGAUUGCUCACUGGAGAAGAAUUAGAUGCGCUUGGGGGGUUACCUUCACUGGCUUCACCUUCUGAUCAUUUACCAUUGGCCGCCCGCUUUCUCUGGAAUUAUAGAAAAGCAUAAGAUUUGGAGCAGCUCUUUUUUGUACAUGCCUUCAUUUUGGCAUUCAAUUGAAAACGCGUUGUCAUGAACAUUGUUAGUAAAGUACAGUUGUAACUCGAUCUUACCUACUGAAAUGAGAUGCAUUUAACCGCUGUUCGUAUAAAUAUUGCCCAUCGAAAAAAUUUUUAGGUUUAGCUGGGUUAAAAAGUUUUUACACCGUCACUUCUAUCUAAAUUACGUAGCAGUUUUAUCAGCGACGAUUCAUCAGUUGCGUUCGUCAGUUUGCGUUACGUUGAACACUAUAUUACAAACAUAAUUUCGUUGUACUAAAUUAAAAAUAAAAGAUAAAAAUAAGUAAAAAA